AUGGCUUGCCUACUUCUCCUACGACGUCGUCCGAGUCCUGCCAGGAACCAGCAUGAGCCUUUCCGCGUGUCCAAACUGAUCAGCAAGGAAACCCUCGACAUUCUCUACGGAGAGAACAUUUUCGUGCUUCAGUUUUGGGGAAAACCACAACUCUACAUUGAAUAUAUCACGGAGGCCAAUCGAGCCCGAAUCCGCCAUCUACUUGUCAUGCCUGCGUGGCCUUGCUGCCACGACCUUCGUGCUCGUCCAUCGCCUCACGACCCUUCUCUGUGGGUGCCACUCCUUGCGGAUUUGAAGCAACUCCGCUUGAUCCUGGGUUAUCCUUGGUUCCGGUGUAUCCUCAUGAGCGUGAUCCUUGGUUUACGCCAGAUGAGAAUUGGUUCGUCUUCUGGAUGA